AUGAAUAGGGACAACAUGGACACAACAAAGCGCAAAGAAGAUCAUACAAAGCAUACUACUGAUGUAAUAGAAUUUUACGAAGAAGGAACCGCAGCUUCUUCUUUAAACAUAGCCACAGAAAAGGCCAACUCAAGUCCGUCCAUUUUGAGAAGAAUUAUCAACAGGGCGGCAUGGCUUUCUAAGAAAGUGGACGCAAUGGGAGUAGAGUCUACCGGUAUUCAGAGGAUAUCUCCCUAUGAACGAGGAACAUCAAAGAAACAAUUUUUGCAUGUCGCGGGGCUAUGGUUGAGUGCCACAGGUGGUUUGUCUUCCAUGUCGUCGUUUUUAUUAGGCCCUCUGCUUUUCGGUUUAAGCUUUAGAGAAUCCGUAGCCUCCAGUUUAAUAUCGGUAACAAUUGGUUGCUUAAUUGCUGCCUAUUGCUCGAUCAUGGGACCGCAGUCCGGUUGCAGACAGAUGGUAACAGCUAGAUACCUGUUCGGAUGGUGGUUUGUUAAAUUAGUUGCAUUAGCUUCCAUUAUCGGUGUCAUGGGUUGGUCUGUGGUUAAUUCCGUGGUUGGGGGUGAAAUGUUAGCUGCUAUUUCUAAUGAUAAAGUACCCCUAUGGGUAGGGAUUGUCAUAGUGACCGUAUGCUCCUUUUUAGUUGCCAUUUUCGGUAUCAAACAAGUCAUUAAAGUGGAAACUUACUUAUCCGUACCCGUCCUGACAGCAUUUUUACUACUGUACAUUUCAUCAAGUGAUAAAUACAGCUUCGUCAAUGCAUACGUUUCAAAGGGAAAUUUGGACUCUUCCACCCGAAAGGGCAACUGGAUGAGUUUUUUUUCAUUAUGCUAUAGUAUUACGGCUACUUGGGGGUCUAUUACAGCAGACUAUUAUAUAUUGUUCCCAGAAGAUACACCAUAUAUUCAAAUUUUUUGCCUAACGUUUUUUGGAACAUUUUUGCCUACCUGUUUCGUCGGAAUCUUAGGUCUCUUACUAGCUUCUGUUGCCAUGUCGUAUAAGCCUUGGUCAGUCGAGUACGAUUCCCAUGGAAUGGGUGGUCUACUUUGGGCAGGUUUUCAGCGUUGGAACGGCUUCGGAAAGUUCUGCGUGGUAGUACUGGUAUUCAGUUUGGUAUCCAACAACAUCAUCAAUACGUAUUCGGCAGCAUUCUCCAUCCAACUUUCUAGUGUGUUUUGUGCAAAAAUCCCUCGCUGGUUCUGGUCUAUUGUUUGUACUAUAAUUUGUUUGGUAUGCGCAUUAAUAGGUCGUAAUCAUUUUAGUACUAUUUUGGGAAAUUUCCUACCAAUGAUAGGCUACUGGAUUAGCAUGUACUUUAUCUUAUUAUUCGAAGAGAAUUUAGUAUUCAGAAGGUUUUUCUUACAUUUGUACACCAAAGAGUUUCCUACAGUUACAGGAGAAAUAAAUGGACCGGAACUUGUUGGAUCUUCAAAAGAAGUGGAGAAAGAUGCAGUUACUAAUAUCCAUUUGUUAAAAAGAAAACAUAAGGUGACUAAACAUCGUUACAAUUGGGACAAAUGGGAAGAUUAUGAGGUUUUAACGCACGGUUAUGCAGCAACAUUUGCGUUUAUUGUAGGAGUUGCUGGUGUGGUAGUUGGUAUGGCGCAAGCCUAUUGGAUUGGCCCAAUUGCUGCCAAAUUUGGUGAAUAUGGUGGUGAUGUCGCAAUGUGGUUAAGUAUGGCGUUCUCAGGUGUUGUAUACCCUCCUUGUAGAUACUUAGAGCUACGUAAAUUUGGUCGUUAA